GGAAAUUCCUGGCUAGAUAAAAAUUGACGAAUUAUCGUUACGGUGGACGGUCUAAUUACGCUACGCUACUGCGAGUGCACUUUCCGCGUUGAAGGUGUGAGAGAGGUGUAAAUAUACUCGGACUGUUUAGAAAACGAGCGGAAGAGAUGAAACGAAGAUCCAAACGUACGAGCGUAUUCAUGACGAUGAGAAAUCCACUAGAAUAUCCGCGAGUAUGAUUUGCUGAUGACAUACGUGCGAUAAAUUGACCGGCUUGUUGGAAAACGACGACGCGAACGCGCGUGCACGCGAAUAACACAUGCGGUGAGGUUAGGAUUUUGUGUGUUGGAUCUGACGGUAGACUCGGCAGCCUACGCUUAUUCCCGCUUUCCGUGAAUCGCCGUUCGACGCGAACGGUAGCGAGGAUAGUAGUUGUCAGAUGCCACUCGGUAACAAGCCGGAAUGCACGAGAUGCGGGACCCGCGAGACCCCGCUCUGGCAUUCCACCGACGCCGGUAACCUGUGCAACGCCUGCCUCGAGGACGAGCGGAAUGCCGAAGCAAACGCGUGUCCCAAGACGGACGAGGAAGACAAGAGCGGGAACGCGCUGAAGCCUACCAGGAGAAGCACGAGGAUAACGAGAUAUUGCAACUCGAAGUCUUCCGGGCCGCACAAAGUGGUGCCGAAGGGUAAAGGUCGUCGGAACUUGUUCAAGAAAACGCCUGUGAAAGCACCUACAGCUACUGCAACUCCGGUCACCAGUAACUUUGUAUUCUACAAAGGAACGUAUUUCCAAGUUGGUGAUGUAAUAUCGAUGCAAGAUAUAGAUGGGGGUAUUUAUUAUGCUCAGAUACGUGGCUUAUUGAUAGAUCAGUAUUGUGAAAAAAGUGCCGCUGUUACCUGGUUAUUGCCGACUACGGCAAGCCCUCCACCAGAGGAAGGAUUCUCACCUGAAACAUACAUAAUCGGACCAGAGGAGGAUUUGCCACGGAAAUUAGAGUGCAUGGAAUUCGUGAUGCACGCUCCGUCGGAUUAUUACAAACUGAAGAACACGCCUUAUCCACCUCCACUUACGGAAAAAGGAAUGGGUUACAUAUGGACAACUCUUAGAAAUGAAAUGGCCAUAUCGAGGAAGUGAUCCUGGUCGUAUUAGAACAUAGUGUCCUUGAUUUCACCUUAAAUUUAAUCCAUCUCUACAAUUACUUUCUGUGUAUAAACCGACUUUUUUUUUAAGUUAAAUAUUUCACUACAGGUAGCAAUGUUGUUAACAAUAAAACCGUGAAAUUUUAAGAAAGUACUAAUAUUACUAAAGAUAUUUUACACAGAUUUUAUAAGUGUAUUAUAUACUUUGUAGUAUAUUGAAUUUCAGAUUUCUAAUAUAAUCAAUCAGUUAAGUUAGAAAUUAGAUUCCAGGUACAAUUUAAGGUAAUUUUAAGCUAUAAUAGUACGAUAUAAGAGAAAUUUAGGAUUUACGCUAUUAUUGUACAGUGAGAAAAUAAUUUUUAAGAAACGGGAAAUAAUAUAACACCGCUAGCUUUGCAUUAAAUAUAUUCUUGUUACAAUCCAACACAUUGGUGCUUUGCAUUUCCGGUGAAUGUGUUCCUCACGCAAGACGGAUCUCACUAGACUAUUUCGAAAAAGUGAAAAAAAAAAA